AUGUCUCAAGGAGGGUUUUGGAAUGUUACAAAAGUUGUUUACAGUGAUGAAACUAAAAGGUUUCUGAAUGAACUUGUGAAAGAAUCUCACUUGGCCAAUUCUUAUCGGCAGUCUAUAAAGGCAGCAAUUAAAAACGGUGAAAGUCUAGGUGACAAUGUCACAAAAGUGCAUAAAAACCUUAAAAAGACAGGGCAAGUAAAUAAGGCCAAGAAAUCAAGCAGACUACCAAGACCUCGAAAACGAUCAAAAUCGUUAAUAGAACUCAGUGGAGCUUAUGAGCCCGAACGUUACCGUCCGCCUCCCGUUGGGCUGAAUACAGGUCCUUCUGAAAAACUACGUUUAGCCCAUUUAAUGACGUAUGGUGAAGAACCAACAGUGAAAUCAUUGAAAAAUGAUCAAAUUAAAGAUGGGAGAUUAGAAUAUUUGAGUCGACGUAUAUUGAAGUAUCCGAAAGUCACCGGAGAUGAUGAUGGUGAUGGUGAUGGCUGUGAUAACCAAUCUGAAAACUGUAAGGAUAGAUUUGAAGAAUUAAUGGAUGAAGUCAAUGAAAGACGUGAAUUCUUAGCACAAAUGGAAAACCUUGGACGGGUGAAAGAAUAUCGAACCACCAUUGAGACAGAAAUAUCACAAUUGAUUCGGGAAAUGGAAGAAAUUGAUUUGAAAAGAACCAGAGAAAUGUAUGCAAAAGACAAUAAAGCAAAGUAA